AUGCUGGAAAGAAUUAAUGCUUACGUUGAAAAUCAGGUAUACAUAACGUUCUCAAAAGUGAUGAACUACAUUCUGUCCUUCAUUCUUCAGGCAUGUUGGAUACUUCUAAUCCAAAUCCAAAUGUUUCAGUUUCUUAUCUAAGUGCAGCGCAAAAUUCCUGUCAGAACUUGGAAACGAGUUAACCAAGCUUUAAGCUUUUACGUUACUGGAAAGAAAAGGGGAACCGAGUUGAAAGACGAGAAAGCGUAAUAAAGGAAGAACUGAAUACCGGAUUUUUUUUACCUUUACAGAAGGAAAAGAGAUAAGAUAUCAAGAAAAUAAUCUUAUUUUCAACAGGACUUCUGCAAGCCAUCCAGAUGGCCGCCGUUGAGUGAAUUGAAGAUGACGCUUGGAGGGGUGGGUGAAUCGUGUCUUGAGACCUGCCUCAAGAAAAAGCUGAUAUGCGAACCGCAGUUCUUUGUGUCCUUAAAUACAAAAGCAACGCUUCUUGUAAGGUAACUGUAGCGCUGCUAGGCGUCUUUGACUUUAACGGGAUUAUUAUAUAGAGAAAAUUCCAGACCAUUUGUAGUGUAGAAAACCGCNUUUUUUACCUUUACAGAAGGAAAAGAGAUAAGAUAUCAAGAAAAUAAUCUUAUUUUCAACAGGACUUCUGCAAGCCAUCCAGAUGGCCGCCGUUGAGUGAAUUGAAGAUGACGCUUGGAGGGGUGGGUGAAUCGUGUCUUGAGACCUGCCUCAAGAAAAAGCUGAUAUGCGAACCGCAGUUCUUUGUGUCCUUAAAUACAAAAGCAACGCUUCUUGUAAGGUAACUGUAGCGCUGCUAGGCGUCUUUGACUUUAACGGGAUUAUUAUAUAGAGAAAAUUCCAGACCAUUUGUAGUGUAGAAAACCGCCGUAGAGUUCUGUCAGGAAUAGCCCAUGUUCGAUAUAUUGAAAUUCUAACAUGACACCGAGGCUUUAGCGUUAAAAUUGCAAAUUUUUUAAGAAUUCAUUGUCUCGCAAUUCUCAAAAGAGACUUGAGCACAAAGAAAACCAAACCAAAUAUAGAAAAAUGACCAGAAAGCCCCGGAGUCAUGUUAGAAUUUUAAUAUAUCGAACGUGGGCUUUUGACACAUUUUAAUCCUGCCCGACCUUGCACUCAGUGGCAACACGUUUCCCGCGCUCUCUCAUUUUUAUACGUCCUGGAUGCAAGUUCCGGAUGCCAGUCACGAAAAAUCGCUGUGCACUACAACAUUGCCGUGACUAGAGAUUAUCCGUUUGUUUUUUCCCCUGACGCUCCUAGAACUAAUAAAUUAAAGUACGUACAGACAUCAAACUUGACUCUAUCUCAGUCUAUAAUGAACUUGGUGAAAAUCCCUUUUCUUUUUCAUUUUAGGGCUGGCUUUGAGUGUGGAUCUGUCGAAUCACUCGAAAGCCUAGUGGCGCCAUCACUGAACACAACAAACAACAUCUGUCUACUACAGAGCCAACCACUGCUCUUCAGUUGCCGAGCAGCCAGGCCUGGUGUUAUCCGAGUCUGUCCCUGUCGUUCGUACCGCGUAGAACAAGUGGCUUUGUGUGAAACAUGUUAG